AUGUACGAAUUGCAGUCACGCUGGAACAGGCUAUUCACAAGUGUUCAUUUUCUAUUCAUACAACGAACUGACAUUCAAUCUCAGUUAAACUUUGCCAAGAAUGUAAUUACAACGAAUGGAAGGUUGAGCUUGUAUUGCUAUGAUUACAAAAGAAACUUACACUGUAUUUAUGAGAGAAUAUCAAGUAUUUUUUCGCAUGAAGAUGAGCUUUUGCUGGAAAACUGUUUAUCAACUUGCCAUGAAUGCUUUUUACAAUAUUUCAGCAUCCUCAAAGAUGACUCUCACACCUAUCAUCUGCUUAGAAAAUUUAAUAGAAACCUGGAAGAGUUUAUUUUUAGUCAAUAUGGAGGAAGGCCUUCUCCAAACAUCUCAAACACAAUUGCAUCUCAAUUGAUGAGCACAAUUCCAGUUAUUUCUCGAUUGAUGGGACGCACGUUUAAUGAGAAGUUUAUUCUACUCAAUUUCUCUAAAAGCGAUAAUGGCCCAUGUAUUCAAGUGAUUCAACAAUACUGCAAUUUUAAAAUCAUCAUUACAGAAAUUUUAUUAAGAGAUAUCAUGGUUUCUGAUUUUGGAGACAAUUUUAUCAAAAUACGAAUUGAUCCGUUGGUAUUUUUCAGACAACGACUGAAUCAUGUUUAUUACGAUGUCAUGUUACAGCAAAUGCGAAAAGUAUAUGAAAGAGAUUACAACAGAAAAAAGGCAAAGAAGGCAUUUAAAAGAAGCGCCGUACUCACAAAGAAUCAGAAUGACAAGAAGGAAUUUAUCAAGUAUUCAACAAGAGCAGCAAAAACAAAUUUCAAAUGUUUCAAAUAUUGGUACAAUCAAUAA